GGCCAGUACAAAAAGUGUGUCUCCGAAGAAACUUUAACUCUUGUCGUCCUCCGCCCCCCAGCAUGCAGCGUGACACUUCCGGAGGUUUUAAAUGGACAGCCAAUCGAGGUUGACAGCGUUCUGUUGACUGACAGUCACGACUUCACACAGCACCAGAAUGGACGCCAACUUCUUUGUCGUCUUCAUCGCCGUCGUGCUCGCCUGCGUUACGCCGUCUUCGUCCACCUUGCAGCCUUACGACCUGUUAUACGAGGACGCGGUGCGGGCGUUCUCCAGCGGCGACUACGGCGGCGUGGUGCGCAUCAUGGAGGAGGCGCUCAACAGCUACUCCGUCGUGAGGCGUUCCAAAAUCCGCUGCCGGCUGAGGUGUCAGGACCAGCAUCCGUUCGAGGACGCCGACUCCGACCUGGGCUUCUUCGGUGUGGUGCUGCGCAGAGCGUCGUGCAUGGACAAGUGCAUCGAGCAAGACAUCGGCGUGCAAUCCAUGCAUAAAGUCAGCGAGGAUGUCGUGCAGGACUUCAACAGGCGGGUCCCUUACAACUAUCUCCAGCUGGCUUAUCUCAAGCUGAAGCAGCCCGACAAAGCGGCGGCGGCAGCUCAUACCUACUUCCAAGCCAAUCCGGAACAUGUGGAGAUGAAUAAGAACCUGGAACAGUACAAAGAUCAACAGGGCGUCAAAGAGAGUCACUUUGUCGACCGAGAAGCUCGGCCACACCAGCACUCCUUUAGCGCAGCGGUGACCUUAUACGAGCAAGGCGACUACGUUGGGGCCAGCCAUCUCUUCGAGGAGGCUCUGGUGGAGUACUACAAAGCCGAUGUGGAAUGCCGGGCCCUGUGUCAGGGGCAGCACCAAUUUGAGGACCACGAUCACCUUCGUUACCGUUACAGUCUCUAUGAAGUCAUUUCAGAUCACUUCACUCAGGUACUGCACUGUGAGCACGAGUGCGUUAGAGAUCUCGCCACCCGGCCGGGUCGCCUAUCGCCCAUGGAAAACUAUUUGCCGCAGCACUACGACUACCUCCAGUUCGCCUAUUACAAGAUGGAAAAAGUGGAGGAGGCGCUGCAGUGCGCACUCGCCUACCUUUUAUUCCACGAGGGAGAGCAGUUCAUGACGGACAACGUUGACUUCUACAAGGAGGUGCUGGGACGCGACAGCGCACCACGAGAGGAGGCUGCACGAUACCUGAGGAGGCACAAACAAGAGCUGGAGCUUCUUCUGAUUGGAAGUCAAACCAUGGGUGUGAACUUCACUGAAGCGAAUUACUGGAGAAGCCCCGGUGGGAGAAACGACUCCACCAGGAUUCCCUCCGGUAUAGAUGGCGAGAUGGUGGAUGUUGCCAUGCCAGAGAACAAGAACGUCAAUGUGUAUUCAUCGCAGCAUCUCAAAGAAGGUGCGCCGUUGCUAGACGGUGUUGAGCUGCCGCAUGACUCGUUGGGCAUAAACGGGACCGAGCGGAUGCUGGUGGAUGGCGUUUUAACCGAGGACGAAUGCGCAGCGCUCCAACAGAUGGCGCAAACGAUCACGAUGGCAGGAGACGGAUACAGCGGCAGGUCAUCUCCUCACACCCCCAACGAGAAGUUUGCAGGGGCCACCGUGCUCAAAGCCCUGGAGUACGGCUACGAGGGCAGGGUGCCCAUGAAAAGCGCCCACCUCUUCUACGACGCCAGCACGCGAGUGAGAAACAACAUUCUGUCCCACUUCAUGAUCAACACCACUCUGUACUUUUCCUACACUCACAUGGUGUGCCGCUCGGCCAUCACAGGGCAACAGGAUCACAGGAAUGACCUGAGCCAUCCCAUCCACGGUGACAACUGUCACCUGGACCCAGAGGCAAAUGAAUGCUGGAGGCAGGCUCCUGCGUACACCCAUCGGGACUACAGUGCACUACUAUACCUCAAUGGGGACUUUGAAGGUGGCGAGAUCUUCUUUACACAAUUGGACGCCAAAACUGUCACAGCAACGGUGAAACCCAAGUGUGGCAGGAUGGUGGCGUUCACCUCCGGCAGGGAGAAUCCGCACGGCGUGAAAGCCAUCACGGAUGGGCAGAGGUGUGCUUUGGCUCUGUGGUUCACCUUUGACCCGCUUUUCAAGGAAAUGGAGAGACUGAAGGCAGACGAGGUGGUCGAAAACUGGAUCAGCAAGUCUAUGGGUGAUGGUCUCGACAUCAACCCCAAAGAUGAACUGUAGACGUACCCCUACACCUUAUCUGAUUGUUGAUGACAUUUAUUUAUUGGGGAGCUUACCUUUGAAUCAGAAACAGAUCUAUUUUUCUACUUGUAUUUCAAUUGCAGGGUCGAUGAUAUUGGGAUUGUGUGUGUUUGUAGGGGUGGGGGGGCUGUUUUUUGUGGGUCUGCUGGAGCGUGCUCUUGCUGUUUUUUUGUGUUCUUUUAUGACUCACUGAUCUGUGAAAGUGUCAGAUGGGAGGUUUUAGUUCCUGCUUUAGGCUAUUUUGAGUUCAACAUAUUGGUUUGUAAUGUGGAUACACACGAUGAGUACAGUACAUCGUGACAUCAAUGGUCAGUAAUACUUGACAAACAGGUACUUUCCAGGUCCAAAUCAGUUUUGUUUUCAUUAUUUUCAUGCCAAUAAUUGUUGUCCUCAAAGUAGACAGUGCACUGUUUUCUCCUUUAGAUUGUUUUUUUUGUUGUAACUGGCACUAUUUUAAAGAGCUGUGUUCUGAAUAUUAUAUGUAUUUAUAAUAAUCAUGCACUCGGUACUUCUCUCUGUCAAGUUUGGGGAAAAUGUGUCUGUAUUUUAUGUUGUGAUUUUAUUUAUGUUUUAAUGCGUAGACAGCUGCUGCCACGACUGUCUGCGUUUCAUAUGGGAAGCUUUUUAUCGUAAAAGAUUAAUCUUUCCUGUUUCAAGGAAUAUAUUUGAGAUUUGUGUUGAUAUACAGGUGAUAAGACAGAGUCAUGCACUGUAAAUUCAAUGGGGGGGGUAUGUAUUGUUUGUUGUUCUGCAGAGAUUCAAAGAGCUUUAAUCCGAUUGGGCGAGGUUCUACACUUUGGGUUUCACUGAUAUUUAAUGAUGAAAUGCACAAACUUGUAUGUUUACAGGCCCUAAUAAAUUAUAGACGGUUA